AUGUAUAAGACUGCGGGACGGCCUGGGUGGCCGGGAUGCCACUGUGUGCCCUGCCAGUCCACGGUGGAUCCUGAAGGGCAGGAGGACGGAGUGGUGGGGACGGAGUGUAGCAGGCUGGGAGGGCACCACGCGUCUGGAGACAUGAACCUCUGCUGGAACGAGAUCAAACGCAAGUCCCUCAACAUCCGCUGUGCUCCUGAUGGAGCUCCCCUGAUUCGCCCAGACAAUCCCUCACACUUCUGGCAGGUGGCAAAGAGAUACAUUCUGGGAUUUAUUUAUUCAGAGUUUAUUCCUCCCAACCCCCUCUGCAAGAGGGUGCGGCUUGAGGCGUUCUCAGACAACAGUGGGAAGCUGCAGCUCUCCCUGCAGGAGAUCAUAGAAUGGCUGACGGCCAAGGACGAGGAGCUGUCAGAGCAGCUGCCCAUAGGGGGUGACGUGGGGGCCGUCCAACACCAGAGGGAGUUCCACCAGGUAUUCAUGGAGGAUGUCAAGUCUCGGGGGCCGUUCAUCUACUCUGUGUUGGAGUCUGCUCAGGCCUUCUUGGCACAGCACCCCUUCCAGGAGCCCGAGGAGACGCUGCCCGACGGAAAAGAAGUGUCUCCGAGGAAGCGGAUCCUGAACGUGAGUCGCUCAGUGUGGAAGCAGGCCAACGUGGCCAGUGACCUGUGGGAGAAGCUGACUGCCCGCUGCGUGGACCGACACAGGCACAUGGAGCGGACCCUGGAGCGCCUGCUGCAGACCCAGGCAGCCAUGGAGGAGCUGGCGGUGGCCCUAGAACAGGCUGAGGGGGUCCGGGAUGCAUGGGAGCCUGUAGGGGACCUCUUCAUCGACUCACUGCAGGACCACAUCGAUGCCACCAAGUUGUUUAAGGAGGAGCUAACUCAGGUGAAGGAAGGCAUGAAGCACAUCAAUGACCUGGCUCAUGAGCUGGCCAUUUCUGACGUCCAUUUGUCCAUGGACAACGCCCACUCCCUGGAGCACCUCAACAGUCGCUGGAAACUACUGCUGGGCUCCAUUGAAGAGCGUCUGAGGCAGCUGCAGGAUGCCCAUAGAGACUUUGGUCCUGGAUCCCAGCACUUCCUCUCCAGUAAAUGCUCCUCCACAUUCAUUAGAAGCUGGCGCCGGCCAUCAGGGCCAGACGACAUGCUGGGAUCAUCCAAAAAUGACGGAGCUGUACCAGGCACUGGGCCCUCACCGGCCACCUCCGCAGGGGCCUCGUCACCGUCACCCCGUACCGCAUUAAGGCCCCGUAUUUCAGACACCCCCGAGAUGGACGACACUGUGGACCUGUUGACGCUGGUGAGUGUGGUGGACGUGUUCAGGGAGCAGGAUCUGCAGCACGGGGAACAUGUGAUGGAUGUGGUGGAGAUGAUUCAUGCCCUGACCGGCCUGUAUGAGAGACUGGAGGAGGAGAGGAGGGCCAUCGUGGUCAACAUCCCUCUCUGUGUCGACAUGUGCCUCAACUGGCUGCUCAAUGUCUACGACAGUGGUCGCAAUGGAAAGAUGCGCGUCCUCUCCUUCAAGACGGGACUGGUGAGCCUGUGCAAUGCGGAUGUUCAGGAGAAGUAUAAAUACUUGUUCAGGCAGGUGUCUGGUCCAGGGGGUCUGACAGACCAGCGUCACCUCACCAUGCUGCUUUAUGAAGCCAUCCAGAUCCCGCGACAGCUGGGAGAGGUGGCCGCCUUCGGAGGGAGCAACGUGGAGCCCAGUGUACGCAGCUGCUUUCGCAUGGCCCCAGGUAAGCUAGCCAUCGAGGUAUCGCACUUCCUGGAGUGGAUGAGUCUGGAGCCCCAGUCUGUAGUGUGGCUGGCUGUUCUGCAGCGUGUGGCUGUGGCCGAGUGCGCCAAGCACCAGGCCAAGUGUUACAUCUGUAAACAGUGCCCCAUCAAGGGAUUCAGGUACCGCAGUCUUAAACAAUUCAAUGUGGACAUCUGCCAGACGUGCUUCCUCACAGGACGCACCACCAAGGGAAAGAAGCUCCACUACCCCAUCAUGGAGUACUAUACCCCAACCACCUCAGGAGAAAAGAUGCGGGACUUUGCCAAAACGCUGAAGAACAAGUUCCGGUCGAAGCAGUACUUUAGCAAGCACCCUCAGCGGGGCUACCUGCCUGUCCAGUCGGUGCUGGAGGCCGAGAACUCUGARACGCCGUGCUCCUCUCCCAAGCUACCCCAUGCAGACACACACAGCAGAAUCGAGCACUUCGCUAGCAGGUUGGCGGAGAUGGAGAACCAGAAUUGCUCCUUCUUCACGGAUAGUCUGUCGCCUGAUGAGAGUCUGGAUGAAGAUCAGUACCUCCUGCGUCACUCCAGCCCCGGCACCCUGGACCAGGACUCCCCCAGCGGACAGCAGAUGCUGCUGAUCCACCUGGACUGUCAGGACAAGGACGAGCUGCAGAGAACGCUGGCCCGCCUGGAGAAUGAGAACCGGGUGCUGCAGGGGGAGUGGCGGCGACUGAAGUGGAGGCAUGAGGAGGCGGCGGCGGCCCCCCAGCUGACGGAGGGGGGCGAGGGGUGUCCGGGAUCGCCCACUGGGGGCCAGCAGGACGAGGAGCUCCUGGCCGAGGCAAGGGUCCUUCGGCAGCACAAGACUCGCCUAGAGACACGAAUGCAGAUCCUGGAGGACCACAACAAACAGUUGGAGUCCCAGCUGCAGAGGCUACGAGAGUUACUGCUGCAGCCCAAAGAUGACUCGGAGGCCAACGGAUCGGAACCUUCAUCCCUGUCAUCUCCGGUGUCAGGGGGAGGCCGUCAGGGGGACGGACCSAGUAGAGAGACCACAGACACAGAGGCAGCGGGAGAUGGAGAUGAGGAUCAUGAACAGGACACAGUGCAGCAGCUGCAGGAGGUCAUAGAGCAGCUGAGAAACGUCUUCCCGUCAGAACCUGGAGCAACGUCACUCAUCUAACCCAGGGCGGGGCCUGGAGCGCAGAGUGAUGCCUGAUGGGAUGCCUGAUGGCCCGUGCCCCAUAUAGCUGCCGUCAGAGAGCUGACCCCUCUCCCUCACCCCUGUGGGAGCCAAAGGCUAACGGCUAAUGCCAACGUCCAGGCCCAGCCACGCACUAUGCUAACAAGCUAAGGCUAAUGGAUAAUGUUAGCGGUGCAGCCAGACACUGUGUUAACCAGCUAAGGAAGCUAACGGCUAAUGUUAGCAGCCCAGCCAGGCAGAAACUGUGUUAGCUAUGGCUAACGCUAGCAGCCCAGCCAAGACACUGUGCUAACCAGCGUCUGUGUAGUUGCCCGAAGGUGUGAAGCCUUAUAUCUGUACAGCACAAGGACAUUCCACGAAAAUGACUUUGACACGAUGCAAAAACGGUUGGGGAUUUUCCCCAUGUUUUGUUCUGUCCGAGUGCCAGUAACUGUGUGCGUAUCUCGGUAUGUAUGUGUGUUUUCCUUUUCCCCCCCAAUGCGUUUCAAACUUCUCUUUUUUUAUGGGGCGUUCAUGCGCAUCACUGUUGAUUUGGGCCAGGCUGGCUGCAUUUCAUGCGGCUGUGAUUGGGUGGCUGCGGCAGCCGUACCCAGAGCAGAACAGAGCAGAUUGCCGGGUAGCCAGCGGGACCCACAACAAGCUUAUUGACACUGUGGGACUGACACAUCAUCAGUAAAACCCAAUGAUUUAUUUAAGACAGCCAAAGUGCCCGCCAGGCCAGGCAGCGCUGCUUCUGUGCACUGUGAGUUUCACUGCUUCCAUCACACGCGGCACACAUACACACGUACACAUUGUUUCAGAUGAACGCUCAUUCUGUACUAACACACAUUCAUAUCAACAUUCAUAUCACACAGGAAUACAAAAAACAGAUACACACACAUUCACACACACGCUUACACCCACAUCCACAAGCAGUGGAGCGAGAUAGGCUGUGAAUAUGCCUCGUAGUGUUCAGAAAAAGGGUCUCGAGUCGACGCCAAUUUGUAUCAUGGCUAAGUGUAUUUAUCUGAGAAAGCGUCUAGCGUUAAAUGCCGGGCCCUCCACUGUGGACUCUGGCUCCUCGCUCCCACUGUGCACAGAGGGGGAGGCAGGGUGCCCCAGCCCCCCCUAUCAUCUCCAAGGACACUAGGAAGGAUUGACCACAUUAACCCAGCGGCCCAAUUCCAAAUAAACUCUUAGCCUUUUACACAUGGCACGUCAUCUGAAAUGAUCAGAUAAGCAAUAUGCUAAUAACUUCACUUUUCCCUCUGCUGUGUGGAAGGUUCACCAUAUUUCUUAUAUAAACAUUUCAGGCGUACACAAAUGCCUAGGAUAGUAGGAGCUAGAGUCUGAUAUGGGGUUGGGCUACCAUCACACCAGGAUCAUGUGACAAUCCAGGCAGAGGACAGUCUAUUUGCCUUAAACCCAAACAGAGCCCGUCACGGACUAAUAAGUGUGUUUUCAUGCUGCUACCUGAAACAUUAUUGAACGGAGUUGGCCCUGGCCCUGGCUCCCGCUUUCCCUCUCUUCUUUUCUCUUUUUAUGCUUGUGGCCAGAUGUUAAAGUACUGGCUCAGUGUGUUCACUCAGCGUUUUCACAAUCAGAGGACGAGAUUGGAUCAGUGGGGUGUUGUGGGUGGAUGUGGAUUUCAUACAAGGUGAGAUUCGGUUUAGGGGUCUGGGUUCUGUGGCAUUUUGAAUUGUAUUUGUGGAUUUAGAGAGGCUUUAUGAGUAUGGAAAGGGAAGACGGUGGUAAUUCACAGCGCUAGAGCGACCUAGCACCUGAGAGACUAGUUAGAAAAGGCUGGGGUCAAAUAGGGUUUUGGAGGCGUGGAGGGAGGAUGGAUGGAAGGUGGAAGGGAGACUCAGAGGGGGUGGAGAUCUGAGAGACAAGAGGAAAGAGGAAGAAAUGGUUCAUUUAGCAGUCCUGGGCUGAGCUGAAAGGAGCGAUCCACUAUGAUGUGCUUGCCACAGCAAAUCUCCAGAAAGAGACAGACAGGAGGUGAGUCAUUUCCUGGAAAAGAGGAAAGAUGCUCUGGGUUUAUUAUGUAGCAUACCACUCCCAUAACCAUAAAGUUAUUACACCCACAUUUGCAGGGAGCCAUGAUGCGAAUGGUUUCGAAUAAUUCAGAGAACGUUCUGACCUUAUUGCCAAGAACAAGAUUUGUUUGAAUCCCAGCUCGGUAUUCGUUAGACUUUAUCCCCUCCAGGCGCCAACGUUCACAUUUGACAUCGUUGAGCGCCGCUGUGCCUGUCUUGUUUGUUUUGAUGCCGUUGCUAGGGAACUGUCCCCAAGGACACGGCGCUGCAGGAUGUGAGUCGGCAAGGUGGGGCGCCGUCCAUAAUGGAAAUGCUAAUAACCAUAUGGGGAAGAGAGAGUGCCUCGUUUCCAUACCUCCCCCUGUCCUCCCCCACCUUAAUGAGGCCUGCCACUGUUUAGUGUUUAGCUGGCAUACAGUAGAUAGUCAUUAUCAUCUGUUCUACCUUUGCCAAGCGCUGACAUGCACCGGCAUCCUUUCUUAACAUGUCAGGAUCCAGGAACAAAGAAAUGUUCGAGUGAAAAAAAAACAUCCAACACGAAGAAUGUUAACUCUUUGGAAACUCUUUAAUGUUAUACAUCUCAUUACACAUUGAUGAGCCACCCUGAACAUAGAGUACUUGAGGCUAUGAAUAUACGCAGCAGCAUCGCAUCUCUCUCUGUGUGUGAAACAAUGCAUCUAUUGAACUAUAGCUGGGGGAAGAAGUUAGGCCUGGAAACCAAAAGGUACUACCCAUAGGUCCUGUAGACCUAUAGAAAUGUUUUGUGUGUUUUGGACAAUAUUGAGGUAGGUAGAGGCUAGGUGGAAUGAAUGAUUACACCACUAUAGCAUGCAGUUUGUCAGACAGAACUACAGUUGAAGUUGGAAGUUUACAUACACUUAGGUUGGAGAUGUUAGAACUCGUUUUUCAACCACUCCUCA